CGUCACCAGAAACUACAUCCUGAAGUAUCCCAGUCAAAGAAUGCUGCGACAGGACUCUCAGGACGCCCCACUUUUCGGCGAAGAGCACGACCACGACAGUCGGAGGAAGUCGAAAAUUAGGCAUCCUCUGGCUUCGUUCUUCCACCUGUUCUUCCGAACAAGUGCCAUUUUGGUGUACUUGUUGUGUGACUUCAUUAGCAGCCGUUUCAUUGCCUGUAUGGUCGCCAUCAUUCUGCUGCUGUCAUGUGACUUCUGGACUGUCAAGAAUGUAUCUGGCAGGUUGUUGGUUGGCCUUCGCUGGUGGAAUCAAGUGGAUGAAGAUGGAAAGAGCCACUGGGUGUUUGAGUCAAAGAAGAUGCACAGUGUGAACGCCACCAGCGCUGAGUCACGGAUCUUCUGGCUUGGGCUCGUCGUGUGCCCCAUCUUCUGGAUCCUCAUGGUGGUCAGCGCCGUCUUCUCCUUAAAAAUUAAAUGGCUGGCUGUCGUGUUGAUGGGCUUGGUUUUACAAUGGGCCAACUUGUAUGGUUAUGUCAGAUGCAAGCUGGGUGGAAAGUCCAACCUGAGAAGUUUGGCGAAGGACUACAUUGGUCUUCAGAUUUUUAAACAGGCAAUGAAGCAGAGGGGCUCUGAAGGUGAAGAGGCUAAGUGAUAAUGUUUCUGUACUGUCACAGAAAACUAAACUGGGAGAACUUUGUUUUUACCCGAUUCCUACUGGAAAAAGUGGCUGGUCUUUUCUGAGGUUAUGUGGAUUUUGAACAUGUUGUUUCUUGUGCAUUUGAUUUAAGGAAUGACUGUCUUUAAUAAGAACUUACUUAAAACAUAGUCCUGUUUUUGAGGUUUCAAUAUUAUACAUUCAAUUGGACAUGAGAAGUGUUAUGAGCUGAGUUUACCACCAGGCAGUUCCAGCUCCUGUUGGGCUUAAAGGUCACAACGAGACAUUACAUUCUGAACAUGUUGAGCCAUCACAAUUACACUGAAUUCCAAGAUGCACAGAAACACAAAUAACUCUUCGAAGGUGAUGUUGAAAUGGGUGAUCUCUGGGUGGACUUGGAUCAUGUCGUCGCCCUAAAUUCAGGGCACUUUUCUGAGAAAUUGUUCCUGUUGGUUUGAACUUUGAACUUUUUUGACAUCUCUGUCUGUCAGGUAGCACACUGAAUACAAAUAGAUAUUGUAGAAGAGUUGGGGGUUACAGUAGGUAUACCUACCGAUGGCUGCUAAUCAAAUUUAGGUUGUGGACAUUUAAGUUUUCUUCAUUUAAUUUAAUUUAA